AUGGCAGCAGGAAAUCAUUCCACCGUGACUGAAUUCAUCCUCACUGGGCUAACAGAACAGCCAGAACUCCAGCUGCCACUCUUCCUCCUCUUCCUAGGAAUCUAUGUGGUCACAGUGGUGGGGAACCUGGGCAUGAUCACACUGAUAGGGCUCACUUCUCACCUGCACACCCCCAUGUACUAUUUCCUCAGCAGCUUGUCCUUCAUUGAUCUCUGCCAUUCUACUGUCAUUACCCCCAAAAUGCUGGAGAAGUUUGUGACAGAGAAGACCAUUAUCUCCUACCUUGAAUGCAAGACUCAGCUCUAUUUCUUCCUCGUUUUUGCUAUUUCAGAAUGCUACAUGUUAGCUGCAAUGGCAUAUGACCGCUAUGUUGCCAUCUGUAGCCCCUUGCUUUACAACGUCAUCAUGUCCUAUCAGGCCUGGAUCUUAGGAGUGUAUAUUAUAGGCCUGAUUUGUGCAUUUGCUCAUACAGGCUGUAUGUUGAGGCUUCUUUUCUGCAAAUUUGAUGUGAUCAACCAUUAUUUCUGUGAUAUCCUUCCCCUUCUAAAGCUUUCCUGCUCUAGUACCCACUUCAAUGAACUGCUGAUUCUAAUCUUUACUGUAAUUAAUAUCCUUGGCCCAAGCCUGGCUAUUCUUAGCUCCUACAGCUUCAUCAUUGCCAGCAUCCUCCGCAUUUGUUCCACUGAGGGCAGGUCCAAAGCCUUUAGCACUUGCAGCUCCCACAUGUUGGCAGUUGUGGUCUUUUUUGGUUCUUUAGCAUUCACGUACCUGCAGCCAUCAUCAGUCACCCUCAAGAAUCAAGGAAAAAUGUCCUCUGUGUUUCAUACUAUUGUUGUGCCCAUGCUGAACCCGCUGAUCUACAGCCUGAGGAAUAAAGAUGUCAAUAUUGCCCUGAAGAAAAUACUAGAGAAAAGUAUCUUCUUGUGA